AUGGCCACCUUCCAUGACUGCCACUCACCAUACGAAGCUUCCAUGACUGCCUUCCAUGGCUGUCACUCGCCAUACGGAGCUUCCAUGGCUGCCUACCACCAACCACACUACUCGUCAUACGGAACCCUCCACUAUCCCACACAACAACCACCACACCACCUUGAAUUUUCGUCCGCCACCGAGGAUCGCCUCGAGGUCGCCUUGGCCAAACUUGAUGCCGCUACACGCCGCCUAGACGCCCGACUGGACGCCUUUCUCCUACAACUGCCUCGGCGACCCGGCCACCGCUACCCUCCUCAGUCCCCAUGCUUCGCACCCAUAACACCUAGUUUCACACCAUUACUGCCUCUGCCGUUGCCUCCACUGUCGCCUCCGCCGUUGCCUCGACCGUGGACUCCACCGCUACCUCCGCCAUUUCCGGCACCACCUCUGCCACCCCCGCCGCUCCAGCCAACUCAAUCUCCCAUGCUCACAGCAUCCACGACCAUACCAACUCUGCCGCCAUGGCCUACACUCAUGCCGCAACACCCCGUACCUUUAUCGGCUCCACUUACCAUUGGUGUUGUCCACCUCCCGGUUGACAGCAAGCCCCAGGCAUCCUUCCCCAGCCACGACAUCCUCCUCUCCGACCCCAGCUUAUUCCCUUUCGUCAUGUUCAUCGCCAUAGCCACAGACACAAAGCUCGACCACCAUUUCCUUCCCUCUGCCAUUACUUUCGACGCUGCCGAAUGGCUCCGCUUUUGCAGCACUCAGCUUCACUUCCUCAUUCCUUUACCCAUUUUAAUUUGGGAUCCCGGUUCAAAUUUUGGAGCCAUGGUUGUAACCCCAACACCUUGA